ACGGAAGCGAUUGAAAGUCUGUGUGCAUCUCAGAGCAUGAACGUGAUCACGAAAUACGUAGAGGCGGACUCCAGACCGUGUUGCUACAGACGCUCAAGAUUGGUUGAUCGAUCGUGUCGAAAACUAACUAGGCCCUACGUUUAUUUCCUGGAAAGUGUACGAUGUUGACUUAAAACGAAGUUACGUUCGGCAAGGAACGCCAUCGAGUGAAGGGCAGAUUAGGCCUACCUGCCUGCUACCAGAACAAUGUUGUCAGCUCAACUUGAGCUUGAUGGAACUUUUGACCACGCCCGCAAGAAAGAAUACAGCAAACACAAAGAUGAGGUGAAUUGUUGUGCCUUUUCUCCUGAUCUGGAGAUGAUGGUGACAGGUGCGGAUGAUGGCAGAGUCCGAGUGUUCAACAGACUAAGCGGCCAACUGGUCUGCAGGCUGAUUGAGCACAAAGGUGCAAUCAAGAGUGUUGCAGUUUCAUCUGACAGCAAAUUCAUUGCCAGUGCAUCUUAUGACUCAACUGUCAUCGUUUGGAGGACUGCUAAUGCAUCUGUUGUGUACAGGUUGACAGGUCACAGUAGAAGUGUAGAGACCGUUGCUUUCUCUCAUGAUAGUCGGUUGCUAUGCUCGGGAUCCUGGGACAACACUGCCCUCGUCUGGAACCUUAAAACUGGCACGGCAAAGAAUGUUCUCACUGGCCACAAAAAUGUCGUGCAGUGCUGUGCCUUUUCUCUCAACGACAUGUUCCUGGUGAGUAGUACAAAGUACAAGAAAUGCUAUGCACAACAUGAAUACAGUGUUCCAGUCGAGUACACUUCAACGAUUGCAACUGGUUCUUGGGACCACACUGUACGUCUGUGGUUGAUGAUCCGAGAUCCUCGUGUGGAGCAGUGUAGAAUCCUUAACGGACACACAGGCAAUGUCUACGCUGUCGCCUUCUCAAGCUUGGGCAUGCUGGCCUCAGGCUCGUGGGACAAAACUAUCCGGUUAUGGCGGCCUCGAGACGGCAGCCUGCUCUUCAUUCUGGACGACCACAGUGGAUGGGUGAGGGCGCUAGCUUUCUCACCAGAUGGGACUAUACUGGCCAGUGCCAGCGAUGAUGAAUCGGUCAAAAUUUGGGAUACACUAUCAGGAGAGUGUGCAAAGACGCUGCAGGGCAAUAUGGAGCAGCUGCAGACCUGUAUCUUCUCAACAGAGGGCGCCCUCCUAGCAUCUGGUGCCGCCACCAUGCCCAACCUGACAUUCAAGACCUCAGCAGCUGACAACAAGGCACCCUGUGCAACAAAUCUCAGUUUGGAGUAGUCGACAGAUGGCGCCCUUCUGCUCCUCCGUAAUUCUGGAGAUUUUUUUCUUAUUCAGUCCUGAAUGAUUCUAAGGGAUCAAACAACUGUGGGAACUGUAGGCUACUAAUGUAGCUCGAUGCCCCUCAAAGAGAACAAAGAAUAUGCGACUGGAUUUCUGUACCGUACUGUGAUUGAUUGCUGAGGAUUUGGGAAAGUUCUAAGCAAAAAUACACAGGAUUUUAGAAUUUUUUUCAAACGCACAGAAAUCUGCUGUCCAUUGUUAACCCGCCUCAUCUUCGCGUUUGCUCUUCUCUUUCUUGCGUCCGUGGACAAAGGUUCCUGCAAAGGUGACAACUUUCAAAGCAAUGAAAGAAAAUACUUCAUCUCCACAUUAGUAGCGGUUACUGCUCCUGCGCGCAAAAUGUUGAAAAUGAUGGAAGUAGAGUAAAAGCUCGUUGAACAUUGGUGCUUUUGCUCUGAUGACAGAAAUGUGACAAAUCUCCUCAGUUUUUUUCGGCUGUGUAUCAUGCUGGACCACAGGGUAUUGUUAAAUAAUAUUAACUUCUACUUUCUCAUGAUGAUGGGCAUAUCUACAGAUUGUAAGAUUCAUAUAUGUUGGAAAAUUGACAGAAACUGCAUGCAAUAUAGUACUGUUUCAAUGUCGAACAGACCUCUGUGUGCUUAAUGAAAAAAAAGUCUGAGAGAUUGGAAUUGGUUAUACUUUAUUUACAUGUUGAUUGGUGUGUUAAAUAUUGUUGAACAAUGCGAUUUUGUAAAUAAAACAAUGUUAUAAGAUUAA